AUGUAUCAUAGACAAUACCCUACCGCGCGCACUAAUCCUCCGUCCUCUCCUCUCGACGGCUCGUUCUCCCAUUCUGCAUCGCCAUGGUCUACCCCACGGCUGACACCCACUUCUACGCCUCCCGCGACACCUCCAAUCCCAUACCCGGCGCCCCUUCCCGUGGCCUCUGCGAGCAGCCUCAGUGUGGACAGCCAGCCCACAAUAUGCGGCAUGCCAUUGAAAUACGUCUCUCUGGUCACGCUCGCAGUCCAGAAUGCUGCAUUGUCGAUCGUGAUGCACUAUUCGCGCGUGUCGACCCCUGCUGCACAGUCGUACUCGCCCGCGUCUGCGGUGCUGCUCAACGAGCUGCUCAAGGGUUCGAUAUCCUUCGUCGUCGCGUUCCUCCGGGUAGCAGAUGCUUCAGACGCAUCAGGGCGGGGGCUGAUGGGCUGGUGGUCAUCACUCCGAAGGGUAUGUCGCGAAAUAUUCAGCCCUGACUGCUGGAAGCUGUCGAUUCCGGCAAUCCUCUACGUCGUCCAGAAUUCCCUGCAGUUCGUCGCGAUCAGCAACCUCCCAGUCGCGACAUUCCAGGUGACCUACCAGAUGAAGAUUCUCACCACGGCUGCGUUUUCGGUUAUGCUUCUCCGCAAGAAGCUCACCUCGACAAAAUGGCUGUCGCUGUUCUUUCUGGCCAUUGGGGUGGGGAUUGUGCAGAUCCAGUCAGGUAGCACUAACCACAUCCCGGUGCGGCACAGCAUGCCUGUUGGAAGUGCACACGAGUCCGCACCACUCCAUAUUCACAUUAUGAGCCCUCUCAAGGGUUUUGGCGCUGUAACCGCGGCAUGCUUUACGUCGGGUCUUGCCGGCGUCUACUUCGAGAUGGUACUCAAGAAUUCGAAGGCUGACCUAUGGGUCCGCAACGUGCAGUUGUCAUUAUUCUCAUUGGUCCCCGCGGUCCUCCCCAUCUUCUGGGAGUCAUCGCCGACAUAUGCUCGUGACGGCAUCAUCUCCGGCCUUUUUCGGAAUUUCGGCGGAUGGGCGUGGGCGACAGUCAUGGUCCAGGUCUUUGGAGGGCUCGUUACCGCCAUCGUCAUCAAAUAUUCGGACAAUAUUCUGAAGGGCUUCGCAACAAGUCUGUCCAUCGUCCUCUCCUUCCUUGCGUCGGUUGCGUUAUUCGGGUUCCGCAUUACGCCUUCGUUCCUCAUCGGGUCAACCACCGUGCUGGUAGCAACGUGGAUGUACAACCAACCCCCGGGAAAGGAGCUCGUGGGCAUUACCAGCGUUAUGCCUGUCAUUCCUGCGAAGUCGACCAAUCCUUCAUUCACACCCGUCAGCCCUAAUGCACCCAUCCUCGGCCACUUCCCGUCACCGAAGAAGUCGUCAUCGCCUUUCGGCAGCCCACGGACUUUGGCGAACACGCUGGGUCUAACGGACGAGAAGGAUGCGGAGAACCCAUUUGGUCAGAUACAGGAUACGCCGCGGUACCUGAGCGCGCCAUACGGCUCGCCGUACCCCUCGCGUACGCCCUCUCCGAUCACCACACCACCGUAUCCCCCCUCGCGCAACGGUUCGCAGACGAGCCUUGCGUCCUCGCGCUGGCAGCAAUGA